UCAAAUAACCAAUAUGGGUAACACAGAUAAUCACGACAUAGAUGAGUAACAUCAGUUUAUUGUAUACAGUAUGGCAGCUGUUGUAAGGUUGAAACGUCGUUUCGAUGAAGAACCACUUGAAGCAUUGGUGCUUGCUUGUAAAAGGAAAAAAACAGAAGACUUAGCAACGACAAAAGAUGAAAAUCCAUUUACAACAAUUUUGAAUUUUGCGGGUACUGUAAACAAUCGGGAAGAUGAUGUGGCAUCACAUGUUAGUAAGGUCCUAAAGAAAGACAAAACAAAACUGGGACUGAGACAUAAAGCUGAUGUGACUGGAAAGUUGCGAACUGAACUGAAGAAGUUGGCACAGGAGAACAGACUCAAGGUUGUGAACUGCUUUCGAGAUCUGAAGGAUUCAGAUGUGUUGGAAUCUGAAAAGGAAACCAAAGUUUCGACUGAAGAUGGAGAAAAGUCUAUUACUAUUGUCGAUGUUGUUAGUCACAUGAACGAUGAACAAGAAGGUAACUCACUGUUUUCCAAAUCACAGGCAAAGCUGGACCUUGAAGGUGACAGCAGUGGACCAGAUGCAGGUUAUGUGUACGACUUGUACUACACCAGUACAGUGGGAAGUGAUGCACUGAUUAAUAUAGAGACCCUGAGUGUGCACCCACUCGCUCAGUCAGACUGGGAGUAUCACAAUCCAGAAGAUUCAAGUGAUAUGUCAGCAGAAGAAGAAGAAGCCGAAGAUGAUUCCAACGAUGAGAACAAUUGGCACAAUGAUUAUCCUGAUUCAGAUCAUAGUUUUAAUGAAGAUAGCAUAAUGAUGGCUCUGCGAGUUGGAGACUUGAAUCUCAGUGGAGAAGACGACCUGUCAAGUGAU